UAUAGUUAGCUUUAAUGACGUUUGUUUUCCCCUCAGGAGCAUCUGGACCGUGCCCUCGCGCUCCGAGAUGAUGACCCCAUGUGUUUCUACCUGCUGGGCAGAUGGUGCUAUGAGGUAGCCACUCUGGACUGGCUGGAGAAAAAAGCGGCCGCUGCCCUCUACCAGACCCCCCCCACCUCCACACUGCAUGACGCGCUUGAGAACUUCCUGAAGGCAGAGGAGCUCAGUCCGGGUUUCUCCAAGACCGUCAGACUCUACAUCGCAAAGUGUCACAAGGAGCUGGGGAACAUCUCUGACGCCACGAACUGGACCCAGCUGGCUCUGAAGAUGACGACAAACUCUAAUGAUGAUGAAACGUCUAAACUGGAGGCUGAGCUUCAACUCUUAACGGACACUAAAAUCUGAAAAACAACAUUUCUAAAGAGAUCCAACGGGCGGAGCCACCCAGCUGAUGGCACUGAUUGGCUAGUCAGGCCGCCAAUCAGUGGUCAUCCAAUCAGACGUGCCGCACUAAUGGCAGAAGUUUCUUUCUCUUCUUUGGUGGAUAUCUUUGUCACACUGUCACUGUGAAAUUAAUUGGAGUUUAUUAAUGCAUAUUUAUUUUCUUUAAUAUGGCUUAAUUUAAUCCAAAUCACUAUACAUAAUAUAUAUAUAUUGCAAUGUUUAUGGUGUCUUUAAUGUUUUUUUAACCAUUUGUUUGCCUUUUUAACUGAUAAUCAGUGAUUUAAACACAAGUAGGUUUUGUUUUUUAGCAUCAUAUUCAUAAUGGAAGGAUCAGUACUCCACAUUACAAGAAACAUGUUAUUGGUAGAGCAUCUCAGAGAGAAAUAUAGAAAAAUCUAAAUACCUCAAGAGGGAAAUGCUUUUUAAUUUGUCAUUUUUAUUAUGACCCCCCUCCUCCCCCAGUGGAACACAUGUGGAGACGUGCCCCCUCACUGACUGAUACAUGUGGUACAGCUAUCUGGAAGCAGCUGCUGGAGCACUUUGAUCAGGGACGUUUUAGAGCUUUAAGGGGAAGGGACUUUGGUAACCAAAAUAAUGAAUACACCCAAUUAUUUUGCCUUCAUAGAUUAAGAUAUUUAAAGAGAAUAGUGUACACUUUUUUUCCUAUCAUUGUUCUGCUAGGUUGACAGAUGUUUGUUUUGUGGAGAUGACGGACACUUAAUUACUUGUAGCUAUAGUAACACAUAGUGUUUUGAUAAGAGUAUCAGUCUUAAACUUUUGUUUUUGAUGUAGUAAAUAGAAAGGUAGUAUAAGAAACUGUAUUGGACCGAAUGCAGCCACUUGUGAAAAAGUGCAUGGAGUGUUCUGUUUGGUUGUGAAUGAAAAGUGUUCCAAUAUUUUUGUACCUUCAAUUUUCCUUUGAGUUGAUAUGCUGCCUUUGAUCUCUGCGUGUUGUUUUUAUUCCCGUUCCUUUCUGAAGUAUGUUGGCAGGUUUAUUCAUUUCUAAUGUAACAUCUUUUUAAUGGCACUUUGUUUUCAAUUGAUUCAUUUUUGUUGAGGUUAAUUUUGCAAUUGCUGCUGUGAAAAGAUGGUCGUUAUAUUUCCUUAAUAUUCUGAUCCCUUAUCAAAAAAGUGAAUAUGCACUUAAGCGAUGAAUAAAAUGUUUUGGUAUUCA